AUGAUCACCCUUAUAUUGGUAGAUCUGCUGGUAUGUAGUUUGGUGUACCUUCUCAUCAAGUUUCGCAAUCGAGCAAUCGGGACGCCAAAGAGAAGGGAUCCCAGAUUUUCCGAUGUACCCGGCUGGCCAUUAAUCGGACACCUGCCGAAGAUUCUCCAAAACAGGACCCGAACAUUAGAGGAACUUACGACGAAGGGCUUGCAAUAUGGCCCUGGUUCUAGUACGACCGUUCCCGGGGUCAGGAUCAUCGAUAUCAGCAAACCAGAAUGGAUCGAGUAUGCACAAAAGACCAAUCUCGUCGACUAUAUCAAGGGACCGUUGGGCCAAGCCAUAAUGUAUGAUGUCUUGGGUGAUAGCUUCUUUCUGACCGAUGGUCCAGGCUGGAAAAAAGCUCGACGUGCCACCGCCGCAAUUUUCACAAUAAAGACAUUCAAGACUAUCAUCAUCCCUUGCGCCAACAACAGCGUCGAUAGGCUGGUCGAAGUGUUGAAGUUGACGGCGGAAAGAAACCAAGACAUCGAUUUCUGCAACCUUUUUUACCGCUAUACCAUGGAGUCCUUCAUGCAGAUGACCUUUGGGACCGAUCUAGGCCUCCUUGCAACCGAGAACUUUCAAGAAACAAAGCCAAAACCGCAAUCAAAGCUUUCGCAAAGAACCAGCUCGUUUGUAGAAGCGUUCGAUGUUGCGCAGGAUCAGCUGGAUUUCAGACUCGCGGUUGUCAUCGGAUGGCAGCUGGUGGAAAAGCUCAAUAAAUCCAUGGGACAGCGCAUGAAGAACGCGUGCCGUGUGCUAGAUGAAUAUGCUUAUUCUUUGAUUGACGAGCGAAUGGCUAGUGUGGCUCAUAUGUCUGAUGUCGAAGACGAAGAAUUAUCUCAUACGGACCUAUUGAGCAUUCUCAUGAAUGCUCGUGAUGAACGUUUGGGACGCACUGAGCUAAGAGAUACGACACUAGGUCUCAUCCUUGCCGGUCGUGACUCCACCGCCCAAGCACUUUCCUGGGCGUUCUUUCAUAUACUGAUGAACAAACAUCUGAUUCCCAAAAUCCGUGAGGAAGCAAUUGGGAUCUUGGGUGAUGAGAAUAGCGAUCAAGAGCGCGUGACAUACGAGAAUUAUAAACGCUUUGUUUGGACUCAAGCGGUCGUACAUGAGACCCUCAGGUUACAUCCGAGUCUUCCCAAGACUGGAAGAUACGUUGCCUCAGAUGGCCAAAUCCCUGGCGGGCCAAUGGUUGAGGCUGGUAAUUUAGUUCGAUGGAGUGCCUGGAAAAUGGGCCGUGAUGCUUCGCUGUGGGGACCGGAUUGUGGGGAGUUCAAACCGGAACGUUGGGUUGAUGAGAAAGGUCGCUUGAAGCAAUAUGGGCCGUUCAAGUUCCCAGCUUUUGGGGGCGGUCCAAGGAUUUGCGUAGGUCAGAAUCUGGCCUUGUUACAGGCUGGUAAGGUCAUCAUAGAAGUUCUCAGGCAGUUCGAGGUGGAUUUCGCGCCGGGAUGGUUAGAAAAUGUCCCUAAGAGUGAGGCAAUUCAAGGCGUGCCAAGUCGAUAUCCAACUCCAAUGUAUCGGCCUUCCUUGACGCUGCCGAUGGCCAAUCCUAUGAUGCUCUCAAUUAAGCGCCGUGCUUCAGAAGCAUAG